CCAGGAUUGAAAGUCGGAUAACCUUACGUAACGCUAGCGAGCCAGACAACUAGCGUUCCCAAGACAAAGGGCUAACCUUAAGGUCCUCGAACCACAGUAACUCAUAGUAUUCAUUGCUCCGGACCAAGACUCUUGGAAGGCUGUCCCUGGAAAUGCUAGGCUCCAUGGGCGCAGACGGACAGCGACGUCGGACAGAUAUGUGAUAUGGACACAUAUCUAUUUAAAAACGCCGGGGACGCCCUGCCCCAAAUUUGUGCUGACAUGCAGUGCGCUAUAUCAGCUGGCCUCAGCAGAACGGAGAAGAUCAGUCCUUCAAGCAGAUCGCAGAGUUGAUUGUGGCAUACGUGUGCUAUGACAAAACCACUCGCCCUCAUCGUCGGUGCAGGUAUCGCGGGUCUGUCGGCAGCAUGGUGGUUGGACAAGGCUGGCUGGCGUUCCAUCGUGGUUGAAAAAGCGCCAGCCCUGCGUGCCGGUGGAUAUGUCAUCACAAUAUCUGGCCUUGGAUAUGAAUCCAUCAAACACAUGGGUCUGCUCGACGGUCUCCGCACGGUCUCCCAGGACUUCGGGCACAACGUCGUCUAUGACAACUAUGGCAGAGAGUUGUGCCGUAUCCGAUAUAGCGACGUACAUGGCGGAUUUGAGUCGCUAGCUGUCCGCCGUGACGACCUAGCCCGCUUACUUGCGGACGCUUUGCCCGAGUCCAGUUCAAUUCGAUAUGAACAGACCAUCAGCCAAGUCUCAGACGAAGGCGACAAGGUUCGAGCGGUUCUCAAAGGAGGAGAUAUCAUUGAGGCAGACCUUUUGAUUGGCGCAGACGGGCUUCGCUCAACAAUCCGUGAGCAAUUCUGGAAGGAUGUUGAUGCUUUGGAACCACUGGGAUACUAUUAUGCUGCGUACAACUUCGGGCAGGACCCCGAAGCACAUAAUGACUGUCACUCAUUCAAUGUACCCGGCCAACUUGACAUACUGUUUGCUUUGCGAGACAAAGGCAUGACGGCAAUGCAUAUUUGGCGCGAAGAACGGAACCUGUCAGCCAGCCGCCAGGACAAAUUCGCGAUACUCCACAAGAUCACCCGCAACAGUGUUGACGAAGUACGCAACGCUGUUGACCGCGCAGAGAAAGCAGGUGCCAGUCCGGUCAUGGACAGCCUCACUCUAGUGACUUUGCCGCGCUGGUCAACCGGUCGAGUGGUUCUCCUUGGUGAUGCAGCUCACUGUCUGACGCUUCUGUCAGGCCAAGGCGCCUGUAUGGCGCUUGUUUCAGCCGAAAUCCUGGGAAAGGAGCUUAAGAAAACCACAGAUGUCUCGAAAGCACUUGCCAAUCACGAAACGAAGCUUCGUCCGAGCAUCGAACGCCUUCAAGCACGUACGCGGAGUAUGGCAGGAUGGUAUAUCCCCAAGGGUGUCAUCUCGUACUAUUUCCGGAACUUCCUUAUGAAGCUGAUGCCAUAUUCAUGGAUUGUUUCUUACCACGUCAAGACCCUCAAGUCAGAGAUUGACCUGACGGAAGAUAGCCCCCGGCGUUGAAAGGGAAGUGUACAACCGGGAGAAUUCGAGCAAAAAGCGAGGUUCAAAUGGAGCGAAGGACGCUGCCCAAGCGAGCCUCCAUCUUUUGCAGCUUCGAGAUUAUAUAACGGGUCUUUCCACCUCUGCGCUUUCGGAGGCAUAAUGGAGCUGAAUCUUAUCAGUGGCCGUGGAUGAUGCAAGUGUGAGGGAGAGAAUAUGGAAUUUUUAGUAGUCGGCGUUCUGACUAAUCAAUUUUCGGCGGAUCUGGCCAUGGUUGGAACACCAGAGUAGCUAAGUAGGCUGAAUAAAGCGAGCCGUCCAAACGGGAAUCACCUCACUAUUAUUGGCCUUCAAGUUCAUCGCGAUCGUGUGGACAACUUCAGUGAGGCCUCCGGCGCAUCCUGUAUGGCUCAUAGCUUCAGCAGACGCCAUUUUGAUCCAUUGCAAGAAGCAUCUGAUCCAACUCUGUACUGAACACAAGCUAUCCUCCCCAUAAGAAGCCCUUCCAGAAACUCUACACUCACCGCGGGGACCCUACGGCGGGCAUUUUGUGGUGGCUAGAGCUUUUCAAGCACCAUUGUGGCUCCAAGCGCUGCCCACGAUGAAAGGACCGCACAUCUCGUCAUGCCGGAAAUUCCUAAAAUUGGCUGCUGGAUAUUCAGGUCUGACGUUCUACUCGACAUCCUUACAGCCAAGAUUCAGGGUCAAGGACCUGGUUAGAAGCUUACCUUGUAAGGAGGCGGCUACUACCAGUACUACUUGACUCGCCGUCGGUUGUGCGACAGUCACUCUGGCAAACAUGGAUAUGGAACGAUUGUGGAGAUGUGGCACAGAAACGAACGUCUUGAAUGGCCGACCCUCUCCUCACAACGUAUAUCGAGAACCAGGAUCUGAACCGGGAUCGAGAGAGGCGCAUUGAUGCACCCCUCCAUGCUUGCCGACGCUGCUUUCGGGAUAUAUUGGGCUCAUUUAAUGCUAUUCUUGAUGUUAGCCAGCCUGAUAUUUCUUGCAUGUGAAACAGACAUAUCAUGAUGGACAUACAGUGCAGCAAGUGCAGCCGUUGCAACCGCUGGCUCCGUGGCCGCAAGUAGUGCAGUGAGGCUCCAUGUCGAUUGAAGGGUUUGUAUGGGGUUUCUUGUUUGGAACAGGGAGGCUUUUUGGAAUGCUGUGGAUAGAUUGGCUGAGAUGAAUUUGAGGCAGGAUGAGAAGAAGAGGUCCAAGCUGGCUGACACUUGAUCCCUUUAUAUAGCUGUCUAAACCCUCCAGAACAGAUGGGGGGAUGUGUGAUGGAGUAACCAUCCCACACCAUGUCACACAACAUCGCUUCCUAUUAGGUAAAAUGUUAACGUCUACGAUAAGGACUAAUGCAGCAGCGAGCAGCGCUCUUCGUUUCCAUGAUUGUUGGCGAACCGUGUGUGGCAGUCCUUUCAUGGGGUCGAAAGUCUAUGUUCCUGUCACGCGGAGACCAGGC